CCGCGAUCUGAUACGGUUUAGUUGUUGUAAUGUUGGUGUGAGAAAAUAUUUAAAAGGUUUAUUUUCUUCUUCUUAGUGGUUAUAAGAUGAGGCUGUCAUUUUUCUUUCUCUGUUUUAUCACCAUCCUUUAUAAAACAACCGCUCAAGUUCCACCACGUUUAGCAAUCCCCGGAGCAGUUUUAGUAACAUCCCAGCAAUCGAGACCUGUUCAAUCAAGACCGCGUCCAUCUCAACAAACAUUCCAAGAUAUCCCCAUAAGAAGGAAAACGAGUUUCAACGCCAUUCCAUCUCCAACCCGCGAAACUCGCCCUGUAAUUGAAGAAUCCGAGGAUAUCCCACAACCUUUCAGCUCAACGUUUGAAGCUGAAGUAGCCAAAUUAGGGUUAAGUUCUUUGCAAUCAGGAAUUGGUCAAGCGGUGAGUUCAGCGGAAGAAGAAGAAGAGGAGGAACCGCAAAGGGCUGUUGCUUUUAGACCGGAAAGACCGGUUCCGGUUUCGCGUGAAGAUAUCCGAGCUCCAUCUCGCCCUGCUCCUCUUCCUCAACAACGCCCGGUUCAAAUCGCUCAACAAAGACCGGCGACACCAACGAGGCAAGCGCCACUUUUCAGAGAAAGUAUAGUAAACGUUAGACAACAAAUUAGACAGGAAUCAAGGGACGAAGAAGAAAAUAUCCCAAUAAGGAGACCCCAACCCAUCAGACCUUCCAUUACUCAAGAAUAUCGAGCUCCCGUUCGGGCACAACCACUUCCGGUUCGCCAACAAGUUCAAUACGAAGAUGAAGAUCCUAAAAGAAACAAAAAUCGUAAACCUCCAGUUCAAAUUUUAAGAAAAUAUAGAACUGAUAACGAAGAUGGAAGUAUCACGUGGGGAUAUGAAAACGAGGAUGGAACUUUUAAAGAGGAAACGAUAGGAAUUGAUUGUAUCGUAAGAGGAAAAUACGGUUACACAGAUCCUGAAGGUACUCGAAGGGAAUAUACUUACGAAGCUGGCGGUGUUUGUGAUGAACCCGAAGAAGAAUUAAUUCUUCAAGAACCCGGCCAACCAAUCCGAGCUCAACCACCACCAAAAGGAGGCAAAAAAUUGUAUAGACUUCCGGUUUAAGUACCUAAAAAUAAGUAAAUUUAGAUAUUAAUCAGGUUUUAAUUGAAAAUUUUGAUUUAA